AGAAGGAAGGACGGAUCACGGAAUACGGACUACCUAUUCAAGAAUAAAAAAUAAAGCGACGAUUUAAAGAAAAGUAAUAAUUAUAAUCGACCAUUGACUCAUUCGGGCAAUAAUAAAAAUUGAAACGUGUCCUCUUAAAUAGGUAACUAAACAGAAAAUAUCAAAAGAAAAACAUGUUUAACUCCUUUUUUCGGAAUUGGCUUGCGGUCGAUGACCCACCGAACAAAGUUAUAGAAGUCAGAUCCGACAAUUAUAUUUCGAGACCAAUACAUUACAGGGAUGAUUCGAUGCUUAUGUAUGGACCAAAAAAUCCCUCAGAUGGAAAAAAUAAUAAGGAUAAGUGUUACGAAAUUGUUUUACACAAACCUUUCACUGAGAGCUUACAUCAAAUGUACAGCCUAUUCCGGUCAGAAAACAGAGAAGAAUGUGAGGAAAAGUUUAUUAUAUUUAAAGAUAGGAUCCCUGUGUAUAUCAAAGUAACUAAGGAGUGCACUGUCCAAAGCUUGCAAAAGCUAUGUGACAUACUGAGUGAGCACAAAUCAUGGACGGUGGCUCACAUGGUCGCGCACUUUGGUCAAUAUGAGCUACUCAACGAGCCUGAUGUGCAGAGACAUAUCGAUGAAGUGGACCCAGCGACUGGCGCUACAGCUUUGAUGAUAGCAAUAAGAACUGGAAAUAUCAGAAUGGUGCACAGUUUGAUUUCAAUGAAAUGCUCUCUCAAUAUCAUUGACCUUGACGGGAACUCUGUGUUUCACUAUGCAGCCGCAAGCAACAAGGAAGUUAUUAAUGCACUAGCAAGCAAAACAUCUAACUCGUUGAACAUAUACAACAAGCAAGGCUACACGCCGCUACACAUGGCCUGCCUCGCGGAUGCGCCUGACUGUGUCCGAGCGUUGCUAUUGGCUGGCGCUGAUGUUAAUUUGACUGCUGCUAAACGUACUACGGCUAGCACUAGUCAGGCUAUUCCAGGUAUCGUCGGUGACGUUGUCCAAGACAACCGCCCCAAGUUAUUCCAAGAGGACAUGAAACGCGGAGGCACUCCCUUACACUGGGCGAUAUCCCGCGAAGUAGUCGAAGCAUUGGUCGACAAAAAUUGCGACAUAAACGCUGUGAACUUUGACGGGAGAACUGCCCUUCACAUCAUGGUGUUAAGGAGCAGAUUGGAGUGCGCUACUGCGUUACUAUCUAGAGGCGCAGAACAUUCCACUGGUGAUAAUGAAGGAAAUACUCCACUGCAUUUGGUUGUGAAACAAACGAAUGCGUCGAUAGUGCAAGCGCUUAUUGUGUUUGGGGCAGAGUUGGAGGCAAAGAAUAAUGCUGGGUUCACGGCAAGGCAUUUGGUGCCAGCGGAAAUGUCGAAUAACAGCAGUUAUGAUAAGAUCUUGUAUUAUCUACACGCUGUUGGAGCGAAGAGAUGUGAUUCCGAUGUACCAGGCUGUGGUCCAUCCUGCUCAUCCCGCGGCGAAUACAACGGAGUACCGCCCCCCCCACUCGCCCGAGCGGCGACGCGUGACAUGAUUAGUGAUAUGCUCACCGCCGCUACUAUGGACAGAGCCGCUACUUUGGGAACUAGCAAGAAUGAAGGCCGUUUACUUUGUCUAGACGGCGGCGGAAUCCGCGGUUUAGUUCUCGUACAAAUCUUACUAAACUUAGAAGCAGCGAUUGGCAAGCCAAUAAUACACUGCUUCGACUGGGUCGCUGGCACCAGCACUGGUGGGAUACUGGCACUGGCGCUAGCCACUGGCAAGACGUUGAGAGAGUGCCAGAGACUGUACUUUAGGAUGAAGGAGUUUGCGUUUGUCGGUAUGAGGCCAUAUCCGUCAGAAGCUCUUGAGAGCAUAUUGAAGGAAUGCUUGGGUACCGAUACUGUGAUGGCUGACAUCGAUUAUCCCAAAUUGAUGAUAUUGGCCGUGCUAGCGGACAGGAAGCCGGUAGACCUGCACAUUUUCAGAAAUUAUCAAUCUGCCGAAGAUAUUCUAUACAACUUUAAUGGGACAUCCAGUCCAAAAGCAGAAGCCAGUGACCAAACGUCAGUGGUGGUGCUCCCGGAGCCCCCGCCGCCCGCGGAGCAGUUGGUGUGGCAAGCGGCCCGAGCCACUGGGGCUGCGCCCUCCUACUUUAGGGCUUCCGGCAGAUAUCUAGACGGCGGGUUAAUGGGAAACAAUCCUACAUUAGAUGCGCUCACGGAACUAGCCGAAGUGAGGCUCGCGUUAGAAGCGACGGGACAACACGAAGCCGCUAAGAAGACGCAUUUGAAAGUUGUGGUCUCUUGUGGAACGGGUAUGGUUCCAGUGACGAAAUUAAAAGAUAUAGACGUGUUCAAACCAGAGAGUUUGUGGGACACAGCGAGGCUUGCGUUUGGUCUGUCGUCUAUCGGCAAACUGUUGGUUGAUCAGGCGACACAGUCAGACGGGCGGGUAGUGGAGCGGGCGCGGGCAUGGUGCUCCGCGCUGGGCGUGCCGUACUACCGCUUCUCGCCGCAGAUGUCCAGCGACACGGCGAUGGACGAGCGCAGCGACGCGCUGCUGGCGGCCAUGCUGUGGGAGGCGCACGCCUACAUGCGCGAGCGGAGAGACCGCGUGCUGGAGCUGGCGGCCGUGCUGGCGGGUGAGUGACGCGCUGCUGGCGGCCAUGCUGUGGGAGGCGCACGCCUACAUGCGCGAGCGGAGAGACCGCGUGCUGGAGCUGGCGGCCGUGCUGGCGGGUGAGUGACGCGCUGCUGGCGGCCAUGCUGUGGGAGGCGCACGCCUACAUGCGCGAGCGGAGAGACCGCGUGCUGGAGCUGGCGGCCGUGCUGGCGGAUUGAAAUAAAUACAAUCCCUAGAAAAAAUUAACACACAUAAUAAGUUAUAAUAAAUUUAUAAUUGUUAUCUCUAUUUAAUCGUUCGAAUUACACGUAUGCACAAAGUUAUACCAAUGUGAAUAUACAUAGAAUAGCGGGUAUGUAGAAUAGAUCUGUUAUUAGAACAAUUUAUAUACUACGAGAAUUGUAGUUAUCAUUUAGGUUAUAAUUGUAUGAAUACCAAAGUUGGUACUGCAUUGUAUCUUACGCUAGCUAUAUCGCGUGGCUUCACCUGGUUGAAUUUGUAUUAGGCCCUGGAACUCCCCUGAUUUACAUUUGAUUUCUUUCAUUAUGACUUAUGUGGGCUAUUUUAUGAUUCAUAGGAGAUAUUCUUAAUUUUAUGCUUAACGUGAUAAUAAGACUUAAAAAUACCAAUACGUAAAUAUGUGGUGUAAGGAAAUUAAAAGAAAAUAUUUAGGAAAAGAGUUCGAUUCUUGUAAUUGUCGAAUAUAAUGUAGAAACAACUUUUUUUAUAAUCUAGUAUCGUAUUCUUAAAACAUUCGAAGAUAUGAGAAUCUGUACUCAAAAUUUACUUUAUAUUUAAUAUGAACCCAGUGAUUUCUAAUACGGGAAUUGAAUGCUAGUGAAUCUAUGAUAUAUAAAAGAGCUAGAUACGUUACCCGCUCUCUAUUUUGGCAAGAAAAAACUCAGGUAAGUGCCCGAGUUUCACUUAG